AUGGGGAGGUUUUUGGUGAUGUUGACGGCAGCCGCGGCGGUUGUGGCUUGUUCAGUGGCGACGGUGAUGGUGAGAAGGAGGAUAAAACGUCGGAGGAAGUGGAGGAAGGUGGUGGGUAUACUCAGAGAUUUGGAGGAAUCGUGUGAGACGCCUUUGGGUAGGUUGAGGCAGAUGGUUGAUGCCAUAGCUGUUGAAAUGCAAGCUGGUUUGGUCUCCGAAGGAGGGUCAAAGCUUAAAAUGCUUCUCACUUUCGUCGAUGAUCUUCCCAAUGGGAGCGAGAGAGGAACUUAUUAUGCUCUUCAUCUUGGAGGCUCUUACUUUAGGAUGAUAAGGGUUUAUUUGACUGGCCAAAGAUCAUCUCUUGAAGUUCAAGAUGUUGAACGGCAUUCCAUACCGACAUCUUUGUUGAAUAGCACCAGCGAGGUUCUCUUUGACUUUCUCGCAUCAUCCUUGCAGGGGUUCAUUGAAAAAGAAGGAGACACUUCUAACUUAUCACAGUUUGUAAAAAGGGAACUUGCGUUUACAUUCUCUUUCCCAGUCAAGCAAACAUCUAUCUCUUCAGGAGUUCUAAUUAAAUGGACCAAAGGUUUUGCAAUUAGUGAAAUGGCUGGGGAAGAUAUUGCGGAAUGUCUUCAAGGAGCGUUGAACAGGAGAGGGCUGGAUAUACACGUUGCAGCUCUUGUGAAUGAUACAGUUGGGGCCCUAUCCUUUGGACAUUAUCAUGACCCAGACACUAUUGCUGCUGUUGUCUUCGGAACAGGUAGUAAUGCCUGUUACCUUGAACGAACUGAUGCCAUAAUCAAGUGUCAAAAUCCUCGCACAACUUCUGGGAGCAUGGUGGUCAACAUGGAGUGGGGAAACUUUUGGUCAUCUCGUCUGCCAAGAACUAGAUAUGAUGUUGAGUUGGAUGCUGAGAGUUUGAAUUCAAAUGACAUGGGAUUUGAGAAGAUGAUAGGAGGGAUGUAUCUGGGUGACAUUGUCCGCAGAGUAAUUCUUCGUAUGUCACAAGAGUCAGACGUCUUUGGACCUAUCUCUUCCAUUUUAUUGACGCCAUUCGUUCUAAGAACAAAUUCUGUCUCAGCAAUGCACGAAGAUGACACACCCGAGUUACAGGAAGUAGCAAGAAUCUUGAAGGAUUUAGGGGUAUCAGAGGUACCAAUGAAGGUAAGGAAACUUGUAAUGAAGAUAUGCGAUGUAGUGACACGCAGGGCAGCCAGGCUAGCAGCAGCAGGUGUUGCAGGAAUCUUGAAGAAAGUAGGGAGAGAUGGGAGCGGUGGAGGAAGAAGGAGAAGCGAUAAGCAGAUGAUGAGAAGAACGGUGGUGGCAGUAGAAGGUGGUCUCUAUUCGAACUACAAGAUGUUCAGAGAAUACAUGGACGAAGCUCUGCGAGAAAUAUUGGGAGAAGACGUGGCUCAACACGUAGUGAUUAAGGCCAUGGAAGAUGGAUCCAGCAUUGGCUCUGCCUUGUUGCUGGCUUCGUCUCAUAGCGUUAGAACCAUACCACCCGUGUAA